AUGAUCGCCACUGUUUUAUCAACUGCAAAUCAUACCGAGGAGCGCCAAGCUAUACGUGAAAGCUGGGCAUCAGGAAGAGAAUCAAAAUCUAUUAAAACCCACCACGCAAUGGUAUUCUUCAUCAUAUCUUCUACAUCCAAGAACGAUCUACACAAUCUUCAGAAAGAGCAAGAAGAGCAUGAUGAUUUGAUUGUUACAGAUUUGCACGAGACUUACGAGAAUUUAUAUCUCAAAGUCUACGCGUCUAUGGUCUUCCAUCAACGGUACUGUCCAUUGGCGCAAUUCCUCAUGAAAGUUGACGACGAUGUCGCACUCAACCUUGAUCGCGUGGUUGACUCAUGGAAAAAAGACAACGAAUCUAGUCACUCCAUAUUCUGUCGGGUUUGGAAAAAAGCACGACCAGACAGAAACAUCCGCAGUAAAUUUUACGUUCCCAAAAAUGUAUGGCCGAACAAACAUUACCCGCCUUAUUGUAGUGGUCCUAUGUAUAUAAUGGGUAGAGAAGCAGGUCGGCUCAUCCUUGAGUACGCUCGCUUAUUUACGCCGCUAAUGAUGGAGGACAUAUUCUACACUGGUAUUAUUGCCGAAAAGGCAAAGAUUAGAAGAGUUCAUUGGGCAGCUAGCUUGAGUUUGGAUUUUCGGAAAUUCUCGCAGGAGUGCAAUAAAGCAAAGAAGAUGAAAAUAUUCGUUCAUUCAUUGCAUUCACCACAACAUCUUCGAGCAGUUUUUCAACUCUUGAAAGAUGUUAAAUAUGUUUCUCAAACUUGCCGGGUAAUGGUGACCGCCAUAGAUGAAUUGUAA